AUGAGCGACUCGAGUUCCCGUCCGCCGGUGCCCGAACACUGGGCCGCCUCGCAGAUCCCGUCGCAGAAGGGCCGCGUCGCGGUGGUCACGGGCGCCAACUCGGGCAUCGGCUACGAGACGGCGCUGGAGCUCGCGCGCAAGGGCGCGGACGUGGUGCUGGCCUGCCGUAAUGAGGAGCGCGGGCGCGAGGCCGAGACCAAGCUGCGCGACACGCUGGCGGCCACCCCCGAGGCCGGCAAGGUGACGUUCGUCAAGCUGGACCUGGGCGACCUCAACAGCGUCAAGAAGUUCUCGGAGGACUUCACGCAGAGCCACGAGCGGCUGGACCUGCUCAUCAACAACGCCGGCAUCAUGGGCGGAGCCUACGGCCUCUCGGCGGAUGGCUACGAGCGCCAAUUCGCAACCAACCACCUUGGCCACUUCGCGUUGACGGCGCGGCUCUUCCCGCUGCUCAAGAAGAGCUCGCCGUCUCGCGUCGUGAACGUCAGCUCCAUAAUGCACCGCUCGGCUACAAGCUGGAACGAGGACGACAUCAUGGUCGCGAGCGCGGACAAGUACCGCGAGAUGGACAACUACAGCGUCACCAAGCUCAGCAACAUCCACUUCACCAAGGAGCUGGCCCGCCGCAUCAAGGCCGCAGGGGUGGAGGGGGUCACCUCGGUGGCCUGCCACCCUGGCAUCACGGCCACGAGUCUGGCCACGGCGUCCGCCAACAAUACGGGCGGGUGGCUCUGGUGGCUCGUGUAUAAGGUCACGGACUGGUCCCCGCGCCAGAGCUGCCCCAUGGGCGCGCUGCCGACGCUGUACGCGGCCACGGGCAGUGAAGUCGAGGGCGGCGACUUCUUCGGCCCCAAACACCUCAAGACUUUCGGCUACCCCGUGCGUGAAGACCCGUCCGAGCUGAGCAAGUCCGAGUCGGAAGCCAAGAAGCUCUGGACCUUGAGCGAGAGACUCGCCAAGCUGUCCUUCGACAUCGAGAAGUAA